AAUUAAAAAAAAAAAGACAAGAGGCGGGUUCAUACUUCUAGUUCUGCCGCAGCAAUUGCAAUUUGCAAACGCCAAGCUCCGUCGUUAGGGCGGAACUCGGAAUCUUGACCAGAUUUGUCUUCUUCUUUCUUCUCUCUUCUCUGGAAAUCCAUGUUUUUAGCUUCUCUUCAUCUUCAAUUUGCUUAUCUGACAUUGUUUGCUCAAGAACAAGGGGCUAAUUUCCCGCUCCGGCUCCGCCUUCUCGUCUGCCCUGUUCCACGAAGCUCCGGUUUCAAUGUCGGCAAUCUCGAUUUACAGGCCGGAGUUCUUGGGAUCCAUCCAAGAUGGAUACCGUAAUCACCACAAAUUUCAUCGCAACUCCGCCCCGUGGACUAUGACAAUGGACUCUAAGUCGCCUCAAACGAUGAAGAAAGAAGAAAUUUCCAUUUAUCUCUCAACGCCGCUGUUGCUUCCGCAGUCGAAACCCUCGCCGUCCGACGACCUGCAAUUCAACCGGCCGCCGCCGGCCGACCAAGAUUUACUUCACAAAAGAAGAUUAGAGUUCGGUCAAUUCGUAGCGCGCGAGGCCGUGCUUGAUGAAGAAUUGUGGACGGCGGCAUGGCUCCGAGCUGAAAGUCAUUGGGAGAAUCGAACAAAUGAACGAUAUGUUGAUAGCUUCAAAAGGAAAUUUGCUGAACAGGAGUUCAAUGCUAUUAAAAAAAGAUGCAGUGGGCAACAUGGACAGACAUGCACAUGCUUUGUCACUGUAAGGAAGGAACAGAGGCAUAUAAAGCGUACUGUGAUUAAAAGUGUCGUAGCAACUCUCGAUAUGAGCUUGCGGCAUUUGAUGCACGGCGAGACUUUUCCAGGGGAAAGAGAGAAGAGUCAUUUAUGCAGCAUCAACAAAGAGAUCCCAAAUAAAUAUGCUUACAUUGCAAACCUAUGUGUAGCGAAAGCAGCACGUCGUCAGGGUAUUGCUAGCAACAUGUUGAAGUUUGCGGUUGAAACAGCAAGAUCCAGUGGUAUUGAACAGGUAUACGUGCAUGUACAUAGAAACAACACACCUGCACAAGCAUUGUACCGAAAGAUAGGCUUCGAGGUGGUUGAAAAAGCAAGCUCACAGUUGUUGGAAGAACAAAUUUACCUACUAUGUAUUAACACACAGAAGCUUAACAAUGCACAUUGAUGUUGAUAUUCAUUAUCAAGGUUCUUGUACUGACAAUUGAAACUCACUAAAAGUAUUGUUUUCUGAAUAUACUUCCGAGUUCAACAAAA